AUGUUCCUGGUACUUCAGAAAACGUUAUAUGAUAAGUUAGACUCAAAUACUGUAAAAAAUAUUAUCAUGGCUGCAGCAGUACUUGGAAUCAUAUUCUCCCUUUUCUACUACAAUAGGUCUUCUCGAAUAGAAUCAAGUAUUAAGCCAAAAAAAAGGAAGAAAAAAGCAUUUGAGCAUAAUUAUUACGAAGAAUAUGAAAAAGAGUUAGCGAAGUAUGAAUCAGAUAAUGAGUCUUUAGAUUCUCUAGAUGAUCGAUAUUAUUUGACUUAUCAACCUGAAGGGGAUUCACAUUACUAA